AUGCUGCCUCACAUGGACGUUGUAAGUGGACCAAUUUUUCGCAAGUAUGCCCUAAGAUUGUCUUUCGACAAAACCCAGACAUCUUCUUGCGCAACACCCUCGAGUCCUUUUCAAACUCUGUUGCGAGAUCAUAGAUGCGGUUGGUUUCUUCUACUAUACACACCCGUGCCAGUAAACUCACGAGCGGCAGUGAAAACAACGACUUUCCCCGUUAGUGUUGGUCCCAAUAGGACAGCUCCAGUUCUCGUCCACAAGGGCGAAGCAUUAGUAUACUACGUCUACGCGAUGCAUCGCCGAAAAUGCAUUCAUGGGCCGGAAUCUGAUCAGUUUUCACCCCGAGCGCUGGGAAAAUGA